AUGGGUAGAGCUCCUUGCUGUGAGAAAACGGGCCUGAAAAAGGGACCCUGGACACCCGAAGAAGAUAAAGUUCUUCUGGAAUAUAUUCAGAAAAAUGGCCAUGGAUGCUGGCGUUCUCUUCCCAGACAGACUGGGCUUCUUAGGUGUGGAAAGAGUUGCCGCCUACGUUGGACUAAUUAUCUCAGACCUGAUAUCAAGCGAGGCCGAUUUCAACCAGAAGAAGAAAGAACUAUUCUUCAGCUGCAUGCAAUUCUAGGCAACAGGUGGUCCACAAUAGCUUCCCAGCUACCAGGGAGAACAGAUAACGAGAUCAAGAACUUCUGGAAUACCCAGUUGAAGAAAAAGUUGUUGGGAAUGGGACUGGAUCCUUCCACGCAUGCACCCAAAUCUGAGAUACCCAGCGCAAAUGUGUCACAGGGAUCUCAGUCCACGGCUCUCCUGAGGCACGUCUCACAGUGGGAGAUUGCUAGGCUUGAAGCCGAAGCAAGGCUGUCUAGAGAAUCAAUCCUCUCAUCCUCAUCUUCCCCUUCUAUCAAUAAGUUGAGGGGGAAUGAUAAUGUAGAGGCCAAUUCCAAUGUACCGACUGAUAUUUUCUUGAAGCUUUGGAACUCAGAAUCAGGUAAGGCCUUCAGGAAGGAGACUAAUAUUAACAAUAGCAAUAGUGAGGAUCCCCAUGGACUAGAUCAUGAUCUAGGGAAUGCCUUUUCAUGGACCGAUGCAAGCCCCCACUUAACCUUAAGCCCAAGCCCAGUUUCAUCUUUUCGCUCUGACUACAGCUCAGAUCAGCUUAUUAGUGAUCACCCAAAUGGAAUUAUUCACAAGGAAAGCAAUUCAGCUGAUUGGAAUGGAAUUGCCGAAUCCCAUGAUCCUUCCUCUAACAAUAUUAUGAGGGGCCAAACAGAAAGCAAGAAGCCCAGCACCCACGAGGACUCCUCUACCUCUGAUGAAUUACCCCAUGAGCAUGAUGUUGUUCAUAACCAUGACAUACAAGGCUUGACGGACCUGCUUCUGAGUUCCCCUAAUAACGGUACUGCUAAUAAGGCGAGUGACAAUAACUCCAACAUGAGCUGCAUGAUGGGAGAAUUAAGCACGAAUUCUCAGCUACAGUCAACAUGGGGAUGGCAAGAACUACGCCUAGAUGAGGAUAGCGAUUACUGGAACAACGUACUUGGAGUUCAUGCUCACACAUCAUUUGCAAAAACUUGAUAAUUUGGCACUUUGCUGUACAAAGGAAAAUAAUGAGUUUAACCACUUUUCAUCUGUUUCUUUAGUAUGCUUUAGAUUUUAAUUUAUAG